AUGUUUAAAUUUGUUGGACUAAACUCUACUGCUACUAAAUCAGUAGCUAUGAAAAGAUUAACCACUGUUUCUACUAGAAGAUUAUUUAAUACAGAAUCUACAUCCACUGUUCAAGCUCAAAAAUUACUAGAGGCUCAACGUGGUGCCAGACCAAUUUCCCCACAUUUGACCAUUUAUCAACCACAAUUAACAUGGUAUUUGUCUUCUGUUCAUCGUGUUAGCGGUGUUUUUAUGGGGUUUGUCUUUUUUGGUACCACAAUUGCCUUUGGUGUUUCUUCAUUAUUCAAUUUGGGCUUGAAUACUGAAAAAUUAGUUAAAUAUUAUCAUGAAAAAAUCCCAGCCUGGUUUGACUACACUGUCAAGGGUGGGUUUGCUUAUAUAUUUGCUUUCCAUUUCGGUAAUGGUAUUAGACAUCUGAUUUGGGAUACUGGUAAGGCUUUUACCAUCCCUGGUAUUUACAAAACAGGUUAUGCCGUUUUGGCUUUGACUGCUGUAGCUGGUUCAUACUUGUUUAGCUUGGGGGUUUAG